AUGGCCUGUCGAGAUGCCAUUUCAUGGUACCAGAAGAAGAUCGGGGCCUACGACCAGCAGAUAUGGGAGAAGGCCGUGGAGCAGACCCAGAUGAAGGGCUUCAAGAACAAGCCGAAGAAAAAGGGGCACAUCCAGCCCGAUCUGAUCGACGUGGAUCUGAUCAGCGGCUCUACCUUUGCCAAAGCCAAGCCUGAAAUUCCCUGGACAUCACUGACGAGGAAAGGAAUUGUGAGAGUGGUGUUUUUCCCCUUGUUCAGCCAGUGGUGGAUACAAGUCACUUCCCAGCGAAUUUUUAUGUGGCUCUUGGUGCUCUAUGUUAUGCAAGUCGUAGCAGUGGUGCUGUACUUCAUGGUUCCUGUUGUGAGUGCCAGUGAAGUGAUGGGACCCCUGUGCCUUAUGCUGCUGCUGGGGACAGUUCACUGCCAGAUCGUGUCCACCCAGGUGAACAGACCUGCAGGGAACAACGGGCUCAGCCGGCGCCGCAGGAAGUUACGCAAACCUGUGGGUGUGGAUGGGAACAGUUGGUCUCCUCCUGACAGAACCAGCAAGGAAGAGCAGCCUGGCUCUGCAUCUCUGCUGACCAAUUUAUCCAGCCUGCUCUUCCAGAGGAGGAAUAGAAGAGUAAAGCUGGUAGCUGAGAAAGGGACAGAGACAGAAAGUGGUGUGACUGCUGAGGGUGAUGGCAUCAAACCCAGAUGGGCCAGAUCUGAGCACAGGCUGCUGCACUUCAAAGAGAAAAGUAAACUCUCUGAUGGGGAGAAGAGCCAUCAGGAUGAUGGCACCAACAGGGACGGUGUUUCUGACGAGCUGUCGAGUGAGGAGGACGCCGAGGCCACAACACAAAGGAUCCUGUUACACCACAGCAUGGAAGGGGCUUCCAGUGACAACAGCUACGAGGAGAAGAGGAGGAGGCCUCUGGUUUCUCUCAACCAGGCUGUCUCACAGGUUUUCCUUUGGUCUUGGCAGGUCAAGCAAGCCCUGAAAGGUGCCAGAGACUCUGACAGUGUUGUGGAGUCUGAACUGGAAUGCACAUUAUACAGGCAGGACCCCAGGCCGUGCCUGGGCGCGGCGCCCCGGAGCUGCAGCGUGAGCCGGCGGGACUCGGAGAGCACCCGGCGGGACUCGGAGAGCACCCGGCAGGACUCGGAGACCGAGGACAUGCUGUGGGACGAUCUCCUGCACGGCCCCGAGUGCCGCUCGUCCGGCACCAGCGACAGCGAGGAGCGCUCCGCCAGGGACUGCCGCAGGGACCUCAAGGAAGAUGUGUUCCAGCAGAACCAUCUGUUUUGGCUACAGAACACCAGCCCAGCAUCUGCCAAAGUGAGUGCUCUGAUCUGGGAAGGGAAUGACUGCAAGAAGGUGGACAUGUCCGUGCUGGAGAUCAGUGGCAUUAUCAUGAGCAGGGUUAAUGCCCACCAGCAAGGAGUGGGCUAUCAAAUGCUGGGAAACAUCAUCACCAUUGGAUUGGCCUUCCUGCCAUUCCUGUACAGACUGUUCCGCACAGAUAACCUGGAGCAGCUCUGCUCCAUUUCUCUGAUGGAGCUUCUGCACAUCUUCUGUGGAGCCCCUGCCAGCAUCCCUGUGCUCAUCCUGUCUGCCAUCAACUUUCUGGAAAGGCUGUGCUUAACCUGGAUGUUUUUCUUCAUGAUGUGUGUUGCUGAGAGAACCUACAAACAGAGGUUUUUGUUUGCCAAGCUCUUCAGUCACAUUACAUCUGCUCGGAAAGCCAGGAAAUACGAGAUCCCUCACUUCAGGCUCAAGAAGGUGGAGAACAUCAAGAUCUGGUUAUCCCUUCGCUCCUACCUGAAGAGACGAGGCCCCCAGAGGUCUGUGGAUGUUGUGGUGUCCUCAGUCUUUUUGCUGGCUCUUUCAAUUGCUUUUAUCUGCUGUGCCCAGGUUCUUAAGGGUCACAAAACCUUUCUGAGUGCAGCUUACAACUGGGAGUUCCUGAUGUGGGAGGCAGCACUGCUCCUCUUCCUGCUACGUCUGGCAUCUCUGGGCUCUGAGACCAACAAGAAGUACAGCAACAUUUCCAUCCUGCUCACUGAGCAGAUAAACUUGUACCUGAAGAUGGAGAAGAAGCCAAACAAGAAGGAGCAGCUGUCUCUGGUAAACAAUGUGCUGAAACUGUCCACAAAGCUGCUGAAGGAAUUGGACAGUCCAUUCAGGCUCUAUGGACUGACCAUGAACCCACUGAUCUACAACAUCACACGGGUUGUCAUCCUCUCUGCUGUCUCAGGAGUGAUCAGUGACCUGCUAGGAUUCAAUAUCAGGUUAUGGAAAAUUAAACCAUGAGCUGGCAGAGUAUCAACCCUGGACAUCUCCACCAGACACUGGAGAAGAGAACCAGCAGUGUGGGCAGAAAGAAGAAAACUGACAGAAAUCUGUAAUUCCAAUUUUUAAACAGAUGCCCAGUGUAUGUAUCAGAAGUUUUCUUUCUGCUUUACUGCUCUCCAGCAUCUGGAAUCAACUGGUCUCAUCAGUGAUGUCAUCCCAUGGCAUGCACAGAAAAACUGCAUUAAUGGGGCCAAAUCCUGGCAGCUGGCACUGAACCAGCAGGAACUGGUGUGGGACAUCAACCACUAAAGCCAUACAAGAGCUGCAGCUGGGGGGACACCAAUGGCUGUGACUGGGGCCAUGUUUCUGUAAAAGCUGCACUCUGGGCAUGUGACAAGGAGGGACUCAGCCCUCCUGGGCCAGUCAGCCUUCCAGUGCUUCCAGUCACUUCAGUGCUGUGAGGCUGCACUGAAAUAUUCCAGGCUGAGAGUCCUUUGCUGCACUGACGUGCCUGUGCUGAAGAGCUUUUCUUUCCUUAAAGCUCAGUGUGCUCAAGGCUUUGCCUCCAUCCUGAAGCACCCCAGGAUGCAUCAGAUGAAUUCCCUCUCCCUGCUGCCAAUCCAGCAACCCCCAAAUCCUGCUGGUGGCUUGUGCUGGGGCUGCUGCAAAGAAAUUAUCAGUAUUUUUUGAGGACAGUGGUUACAGGAGUAAAACCUUUCCACACACACGACAGGCAAAGUGUUCAUGAGCUGGAGAAUGUCUUGCCACAUCUGCUCCCUGGAAUACUCGGCUCCAUCGUGUCCUGGCUGUGGCAGCAGCUCUGCUCCAUGGUGGGAGCAGUUGUUGCAGCCCAGCACUGCAAUAGAGCCUCACCCUGAACACCUGGGGAGGAAAUCUGGGGGGAAAAAACAGCUUUGACAGAGACUUCCUCAGGUUCAUGUUUAGAAAGGUCAUGGAGAGCAAGAAAAUAUUUGAAGCAUUCUGUAACAUUUCCCUUCACUGGCUCCAGUGGCUUCUAUUUAUUAGUACUGAAAAGAGCAAAAACUGAGGAGCUUCUCAUUCCAUCACAGGAGGGUAAAAUGGCAGAAGAAUUUUUGGUAGUAAAUUGUUUACAGCUAUUUUCUGUACAAGGUAAAGUUCUGAGAUGUAAAAGGAGGUGACAGUUUUGUAUAGCAAAAUGUGCAAACAAACCUUCAGGACAAGCACUUCAUCAUUGCCAACGGUUUCUACAGCACCUGAUGAUUUUUAUACCAUCUUUUUGAACAUCUGUUACUGGAAUGAGGGGUCAAGGAAAC